GUUGCUUCGCCAUCUUGUUGCCAGGAAAGCUUCUUUCCGAUUGUCUCUAGAUUUUCAUAAGGCUAAUUCACGUUCUGUCGCAACGACAACAGUAAAACAAGAUGGCAAAAGAUUGCAUGGAUGAUGUUACAUUUAGCAGAUUGCUGAAUGACAUUAAUCAGCAAACUUCAUCCUUGGAUAAGAAAGUUGAGACCCUGUACAGCUCCAGAGGAUUUUUCAGUGCUGAUCAGGCGGCCACAUUAUUGUAUGCUUAUGGAAGUCCAGCAGACAAGAUCAAGGCAAUUAGGGUCCUGGAGUCUAGGCUAUGUCGAAUGACCUGUAAGGACGCCAGAGAAAUUAUCGGAGCAGUCAGUGUUCAUAACGACAAGCUUAUUGUGUUGGAUUGUAUAAAAAGGUGUCUGUGUGACUAUCAGACGACGAUGGGGGAAGAGUAUAUCUUCAGUGCCUUCCCUUUCGAACACGACAAACAGAGAGCCAUGCAAAUUCUGCAGACUGUUGGAUCGUCUGUGGCCAAUAAGGUAGCCGCUGGAGGUCACCAGGGUUACGCCGCCCUCGGAGGCCUCUACACACAGGCCCGCCCGAUGGUCCCUCAUCUAUACGGGCCCCUACCCAUGCAGGCUGAUCUCAUCCCCGGCUAUGGUAAGAUUGAGAUCCCCCCUGAGGCCCAGCCCGGCGUGGUACCAUCUGUGUACACUGGUCACCCAUCAUACGCCUACCCACCUGAUAAAAGCUAUGCCGAAGAUAGAGGUUACCCUGGCAACAGCUCCUUCUCCCAAGGGCAGACAACUCACACCUAUCCAGCUGGAGCUCCUCCAUUGGGCUACCACAGUGGGGCGCCAUAUUCCACCGGCUUUCCUCAACUAGAGGCCUAACUAAUCAAAUAAAUACUAAAUAAUGCUUGGAGGAUGUUGUUUAGGAUGAAAUGUAAUUCAGAGACAAUUCAAAUUCUUAAGUUAUAAUUCUAUCUUACAAACAUUCCAAGAGUGAUACCUUGGUUAAAUGUCCUGCAACAAGGUUGAAAAUUUGACUGAACAAGUUAUAAUGUCCAUCAUUUUGUGCCAAUUAAGUAUCUAAAAAAAUGCAGUGCGUUCUUUUAUUGACCAACACAUUUAGAGACACAGUAUAAAUAAAAUAAUAUAUUGAAUUCAGACAAAAGUUUUAAUUUUAAUUUGUUUCAUUAUUUUUUAAAGAAAAGAAUUGGGCAUUGGACACACUUUAAUUAUUAAUUCAUCAUUUAGACAGGAAAAUAAACGUUGUUUUCUUUGUUUAAAAAGGAAAUCUACCAUAAUCUGGUAUCUACAACUUCACACAUCCCCUAUCUGUGAUAAAAUUGUGAUAUUGUUUUUUUGAUAAAUGUUCUAUUUAUAACCUAAAGAUGUUACAAGUACGUUUCUAUGUAUAAAUAUGUGUUAUUCUGAGAAACAAGAUGUGCUGGAACCUUCAUAUAAAUUAAAAAUCAAAUUAUAAGCCAAACCGAUGUUGGUAGACAUUAAGACAAUUAUUUAUGCAUGUGAUCUUGUCAAGUGUAAAGUUAAAUUGUAUACAGUAUUAUUAAGUGACGUAAGACCACAAUGAACUGUCCUGUUGACCUUUGAUUUACAUAUUGGUUACAGGUGAGUCGAAAUAUUCAUAAAGGGAUAUUAGCCCUUUCACCCCUAUGUAACUUUAGUAGACUCUACCAUGCAUUGAUCUGGAUGAGUCCAAUAUGGUCUACAUUGGUGAAAGGGUUGGGUAGACCUAUCAUCAAAGUAAGUGCUUACUGUACCCUAUACACCUGAACAAUGAGCAGGUAGGCAUAUCUAAAAAAAAAUGCAAUCGCCUGAUAUGAAUAUUCCACCCAAAUUUCAGCAUAUUGGGUUAUACUGUACUCUACUUGCGUGAACAAAUGAAAUUAUCCAAUAUGAAUAUUCCACUCAAAUUUCAACAUUUCAGGCCAUUUUGGUCUGAAUAAUUGUGAUUCUAUUUGAUAAAUUUAAUUGCUCGGGUGUUUUUUUUAUUGAGGAUUAAAAUCUCUAUAGUGAAUUAACCAAUAUGAUGCCAAAAUGUGUUUAUAGUAAAUAUAGCAUUCUACAGAAAGUUAGUAGAGAUCAGCAUUAAUUUUGAUAUUCAAUUUGUACAACACUCCUGGAGUAAUGACAUUCUGAUUCAUACGUUUUUGUUUGAUUAAGACAAAAUAUUAAAUAAUGUAAAUUGUCAUGCAUGAAUGAAUUUCAAUAUAAUGAAUGUCUAUUUCCCCUAAAUAGUUAUUUAUAGCAAGAUUUUUGAAAAUUGAAAGAAAAGUGGAGAUGGAGAGAAAGAGAAGAUUCAAGAAAAAAUAAUCUUCUGUUUCUUUCAAAAACAGCAAUAAUUAAGAUAAGAAUUAUAAUAACAAACUUAGAGGAAUUCUAGGUAUUUAUGAUAUCAUACAUAUAUAUAAUUCUAUUACUUUCUAUUCUAAUUUGCUCAAGAACUUUCAGCACAUCCUUGAUCCAGUCAAUUAUAAUCCUUCUGCGAUAUUUCUAAGAUAAACUGUAAGCGUACUUAUUUUAGCGCACUCUUAUUUUAGCGCAUUAUCAAAUUUUAUCAGAUCAGUGCACGGAUAAAUUGACGCACCCAAAGUAUGCAAUAAAAUUCAAUAUACACAAGAACUUCAAUUAGUGCAUGCAUUAUUUAGCAAAAAAUUUAAAGUGCAAAAAUCGCUAAAAUAAGACUACCGCUAAAAUAUGUACGCUAACAGUAUGAUAAAUAGAUGUAACCCAGUUACAUUUAGAUAUGUUACAAAUAUUACGCGUUAAUGUAUUGUUGUAUAUGUGUGUCUUUUUACAUUGUUAUGAACUAUCAGAUAUUUAUAUUAUUUGUUGAUGAAACAUUGUCGCUUGAUUUAUAAACAUUUUAAAUAUUUUUCAGCAUCAGUAUUAAAUCCCAGUCAUGUUGUCCUGCUUUUUUUCGUCUUCUGAAGAUAUCCUAAUUUUUAUAAAUGGAUUAUAUGUUUCAUGGUACAUUUAUAUUUCAAAAGAUGUUAUUGAGUUUCUGAAAUGUGCUUAUGAAGUUUACUUCCAGUCAUAUAUUUAAGUCUAUAAAUACUGCUUGCGAAAUCGUUAGAGCUUUUUAGAUGUUAAAUUUUGAAGAGGCAAAUCUUUCAUUUUAAGAAUUGAUGUGGGUUUUUUCUCUGUUGCUUUCUUUUCCAUUUGUAAUAUCAAAUUGAUAUUUUAAAAAUUCUGCUAAAUUGGCCUUUCCUUUAUUUUCUAUUUGCAAUUUCAUUUGAAGUUCACAUUUUCAAAAAUUCUGCUAAAAGGGUCUUAACAACUUAAAAUCUGUCUAAUUAUAGACAUUUAAUUGACAAAGAUUCGUGAUUUAUCAAACACUUUAUAUACUUGCAUCUGAUUUGUAAUCUCAUAAUAAAAAAAAAACAGUGAACAAAAUGAGUAGAUUUUAUGAAGAUUUGUUUCCCUUCCCAUGCAGUGCACAAAAUCAAAUCAAAAUAUGUCAGCAUUUUACAAUGACUAAGUACACACACAAACAUUUUAAUUUAGUUCUAUAUACCUGAGUAUGAGAACAUUUAUUUUUUAGGUUGGUUAAAAAAAUACAUUAAUAAAUUAAUAAAUUAUGCCAUACAGGGUUUUAUUUUAUUUUUUAAUGUGUAUUAAAUACUUAAGUUUAUAAGAUGUUUAUAGCUCUCUAUUUAUAUUCACAGAUAUUGUCAGAAAAAACAUGUUUUUCAUUAGGGUUCUUUUAUAAAAGACAAAAGUUUUGAUUUUGUUUGCGGUCAAAUAAUUUAUUUCUUUGAAACUUUUUUUUUUUUUUUAACAUACAAAAUUGCAUUUACAACAAAUUUCCAGCCUUUUCAGAUUUGUUUGAUUCUGCUGGUGAUGCAAAUUUUACAAAAUUUCUAGCUGAAGAGAUCAAAAGAUGUUAUUUUUAGAAAGAUGAGCUUUUAUAUAUAUUGCUUGUUUGUUUAUCGCCUACAAAUGUAGCUCACAGAUAGAUAGAUCACUUUUUUUAUUUUUCCCACAAAAGUUUUUUUAUUUUUUUAUUUAUGCUUAAAAUCACUGAUUUGCCUUGCUGUUCCCCACAUAACAUAGGUUACAAUUACAGUAGCAAACAAAAUAAAAUACAUAGACUGAAAUCAAAAGUUUGAGAAGAACAGAUCUACUCUUUACUCGAAAAUGUUCAUUACAUAUUAUGAGUGAAGCGGAAUAAUUUGGCCUUUUGUGCAAAUCACAUAUAUAUAUAAGCAGAGAAGUUUUACCGAAAUAUGUGUCUAUAUUUAGAAUUCAGUUGAGCGUUUCUCCAUCACCAAUAUUUGCCAAUUUUGUGCACUAUUUAACAUUAUUUUUUGUACGCUAUACGUAAUUGCAGUGCUUGCUAUUUCCGUCAUGAUAUGUUACUCUUUGCAUAAUUUUCAGAAUAUUUACUCUUACAAACAGGAAAAAAAUAAAUUCUAUGUGCACACAA